GACUUUGACAGUGCAAGUCGACGGUUGCGGGCGCGCGCGUCUCGAGUUUGUUGUUAGUUUUCAUGUGUUGUUGUUGCUCGUGGCUGUGCUGCUGCUCCUGCUGCUGCCGUUCUCGCUGCAGUUAAAGUAACAAGCGCGAGCGUGUCCUUGCCGGUUGUGUACUUCACUUCCUCUGCCACUUCUACCACUUCAAUUGAAGCGAUUCCCCAAAGUGUGUGCAUUGCCAAUGCAGUCAUAAAAGCGCCAGUUUACAUAUUGGCUUAUUGGCAUGCUCCUGGCUGUCCGGAAAACGGCCGCGUCGCGAAUGCUGCUGCAGGCAUAAGUUGUUGACCAGCUGCCGCCGGAAUGGCCAGCGAACGUUUAGCCAGUGGCGGGCGUCACGCACGCGUCAGCCCGACGCCGGGACGUGGCAGCAAAAUCGCGUAUACACCGUGUCCGCGCUCCGAGCCGCCACAGGAUCUGGAGCUGGCUGCCACGGCCCGCAAUUGUCUGGCCAUACCAAUGUCCUCGCUGCAGACUGCAAACGGACCCAAUAGCAAAGAAUCCAUUGCAGAACGAUGUAGCGCACUAUCGGGCAUACCCAGUACCCCGACCACGUCCACGUCCUUUACACAGCCAAACAAUCCCUAUGAGGUGGACCUACCGCAGCCGCUGGUCGAUAGAUCCGUGUCGCUGAUGCGUUGGAACAGCAGCGGCAACAGCGCCGGCACAAAUAACAGUCUCAUCCGUUUGCAGCAACAGUUGCAACCGCAGCAACAGCAGCAGCAGCAGCAACAGCAACAGCAGCAACAGCAGCAGCAGCAACAGUUACAGCAGCAACAGCAACAGCUACAGCAGCAUCAACUCCUACCGACCUACUCGUAUCAGCCACAUCAACUGCCACAGACUCUCAGUGCGACGAGUACUUAUUUAACGGCUGCCGCUGCGGCGACGCGGCAAGGCAACUUUGGUAGUGGUGGCACCGCGGGAACCACUCGGGCAGAGCCCAUUUCCCUGGCUACCUUGGAUCGCGAUUGUUUCAUCAUUCCGGUGCACAGCGUAGAUCGCUUUCUGCCAGCUGGCAUACCACUACCCGCUCUGAGUGCCGAUGGCAAGGCGUGCAGUCCGUUGAGCGUUUUGGAGGUCUCUGAUCCCAAGUUGUGCAUUCUUGUCCACCUCAUGAGUCCACUGGAAGCCAUAGAUCCUGUGAUGGAAUCACCGCUCUCCCAUCCGCUGCUGAAGCAACGCGCCAUUGCCUCAGAGCUCUUAACAGAGGUACAGCAGGCGAAUACAGCUGUCGGUGGCAUGAUACUAGUCAACAUGGAGAAGAGCUCCGAAUUUCCUUUUAUAUCAUAUUACUUGAUAAACACGAUGCAAACGGAUCCAUCGAAUUUCUAUGCCAACCUGCGCGUCUCUUCGCUAUCUAAAUUCGAGCCGAAAGCACUCAAAUACACUGCCGCGCACACGCUGGACCUGUACAGCGAGGUGGCUGCCAUUUGCCGACCGCCUUUGGUUCUGCCCUCCAACGAGGCGGGCAGCUUUAAGAAGUCCCAGACAGCGGCCACUGGCUACAUAAUCAGCGUAUUCAAGGUUUUCGAGGGCGACGAUGGCGAGCGCUUCGAAAAGAAUUGGUUGUACUGGACAGGUGCGCGAAUGUUGUACAGAUAUUUACCUCGCGCUGCAGGCCUUCGGCGCAUUGCCUUGCACAAGAGCACCUCACAGAAGGGCGACAAAAUGUAUCUGUUGGUGUGUGAGUGUGCGGAACUUUUGAAGGAUAUUUCAUUGGCCGCAUUUUUAAUACCCGCACUGCGUGCCCGUCUGUGCGGCUACACGGGACUCUAUCGACCAAUACAGACUUUCUAGAGCAAAUAAAAACAACUAUUUUUCUAUGCUGUAAAUAGAGAUGGGAAACUGAAAACUGUAAACUGAAAAAAGGCAAAUGUUAAUAAGUGAAUCGAUUUUUAACUAAUUAUUAAUGGGAUAUACAUACUUAUAUAUAUAUCUAUAUAUAUAUAAAGCCAACACAAGCAACUUUUAAAUUCUAAUAGGCACAGAAACACACACACACAAGGCAAUAUCAUUAGCAAGUAGACAAUAUACUCAAGGUAACUCAUAUCGUACAUAUGUUAACUUUUUCUAUAAAUAUAGACGCAACACAAAUAGGACCAUAUCUAGUGAAAAGAAGACAACGUUAAAACAAAGCAAAACAAUACAACUUCCAUUUUUUAGCCGCGCAUAUAGAUUUUCAAUUCUACUUAAGUAUAUACUCUAUAUAUACAUAUAUAUAUAUAUACUUAAAUAUAUAUAUAUACAUAUAUAUAGACAAGUUACGCUGAAUUUUUAUUAAAACUAUGCGCUGAAAUGUAGGCUAUGAAAUUACAAGUCAAUUCUUAAUUCAUUAGUGUUGAUUAGUUUGUAUACCGACUAGAUAUACAUACAUACAUGUAGUAAAAGGAAAUCACAUUUUAUUGGGUUUCAACAACUAAUCAAAC